CAAGGCCAAGUGUGACAAUGCCACAGAAGACACCAAAGUGGACCAGGCUUGGCAGGAGCAGAAGUCCAGACACCUAGCUUAAAUGGAGUCAGGAAGAACCACUACUCAAGGCAUACAAGAAAGAAAGAAGCUUAAUAGAUAUGUGAGCAGCAGCAUAUUACAGAAAAUCUUGGAGAAAGCAACCCCUCCAAAACAACAUGGUGGAACUUUGGGUGCAAAAGUAGAGACAUGUGCUUAAGGACUUGACUUAAGAGAUCUGACAUCAUCCCAAACCACAGAGCAUGAAACCUAAGAAGAGGACCAGAAGAAGUCUUUCCAAAGCAUUUUCACAAUCAUAAUUCAAUAAUCAACUGUUUAGAUCUGAUAUUCCCAGUAAAAUGAAAACUCUAGGAAGACAGGAACAUUUCCUGCCUUCUUUACUUUCAACAGUUUAUCACCUACACAAAGCAUAAAGACAUCCAUUUGGUAGGUUUUUACUAAUUAAUAUUUCACAAAUUUGGGAAUCAAAUGGUAAAAGUCAAUACCACAGCCCACCAUCAGUCCUCUAGAGUUGGCUGUAAAUAAUUGUGCUUAUAUUAACUGUAAGGUAAACGUUAUAGAAUUAUCACUGCAGAAUACUUUGUUUCUAUAGUUUCCAAAUGUUCCCAGUGUCCAGAUGAUCCAGCUGCCCAUCUCCCAGAAAUCUAGCUCUAUCUCACUAUGGAGGCCACAACCUGUAAUGGAUCAGUGGACAGCUCACCCAUCUUCUACCUAGUGGGCAUCCCCUCUCUGCCAGAGUCCCUCUUCCUCCCUGUGUUUUUUAUUUUCCUCCUCUUCUACCUUCUCAUCCUUAUGGGUAAUGCCCUGAUCCUGGUGGCUGUGGUGACAGAGCCCAGCCUCCACAAGCCCAUGUACUUCUUCCUGAUCAACCUCUCUGCCCUGGACAUCCUUUUCACUACAACCACUGUCCCAAAGAUGCUGUCCCUAUUCUUGCUUGGGGACCAUUUCCUAAUCUUUCCCUCCUGCUUAUUGCAGAUGUACCUCUUCCAAAGUUUUACAUGCUCUGAAGCCUUCAUCCUGGUGGUCAUGGCCUAUGACCGCUAUGUGGCUAUCUGCCGCCCACUGCACUACCCUGUCCACAUGACCCCACAGACCAAUGCUAUGCUGGCAGCCAGUGCCUGGCUCACCGCCCUCCUCCUGCCCAUCCCAGCAGUAGUAAAGACCUCCCAGAUGGCAUAUAACAGCAUCGCCUACAUCUACCACUGCUUCUGUGAUCAUCUGGCUCUGGUCCAGUCCUCCUGCUCUGAUACCACCCCCCAAACUCUCAUGGGCUUCUGCAUUGCCAUGGUGGUGUCCUCCCUCCCCCUUCUCCUGGUGCUCCUCUCCUACGCCCAUAUUCUGGCCUCAGUGCUUCGCAUCAGCUCCCGAGAAGGACGGUCCAAAGCCUUCUCCACGUGCAGCUCCCACCUCCUGGUGGUGGGCACCUACUACUCAUCCAUUGCCAUCGCCUAUGUAGCCUACAGGGCUGACCUGCCCCUUGACUUCCACAUCAUGGGCAAUGUAGCGUACGCAAUUCUCACACCAAUCCUCAACCCCCUCAUUUACACCCUGAGAAACAAGGAUGUAAAGGCCGCCAUUACCAAAAUAGUAUGUCUCAAGAACCCAGGCUGUGACAGGGGCAUUUGACCUCUCAUGCAGCUAAUUCUAUUCCCAGGACACCAAAUAACGGUGCUUAGAACGGAG